UAGUAGUAGUAGUAGUGGUAACAGCAAUCAGAUCAUCUCUCAACCUACUCCUCAACAAUCUAGCUCCGGGCGUGGGAAUCACCAAUGGCAGGGUAGAGACUAUUUACUCAGCUGGAGGGAAGGGCAGAACGGGUUCUCUUGGGGCCAGGCCCAAAGCUACUGUUCACAACGUGGAAUGAGAAUGAUAUCCCUGGAUUCUUCAGCUAAAGUUGAUCAUUUCUUUAGUCAGAUGGUAGGAGAUAGAUCACCCUAUUUCUGGGCAGGAGGACGGAUAUCUUCUGAUAAAAGGACACUGUCCUGGGAGAACGGACGCUCUGAGGGUAUACGGAAAGGACAACACCCAUGGUCAUUCACAGGGUCCAGGGGAGCGCAGCCUGACG